UGGCGCUCGAGUGUCUCCGGUGUACUGUACGCUCCAAACCAGCUGCAGUAGCUCAGACCCUAUAUUCUUUUAGCUAUUGACUGUUUUUUUAAGAUAUAAUCAAAUGCCGUUGGUUGGUUAUCAUGUCUGAAGAGGAAAAUAAGGUUUCGGAUGAACUUUUCAAAGAUGUCAAAUUCUACGUGGUUGGGGACAUUGACCAAAAGGUGGUGCAGCUGUUGAAAGCUGGAAAAGGAAAGGAGGUGUCAUACAAUGCUCUGGCCACUCACAUCAUUGCAGAGGAUGGGGACAACCCUGAGGUGGGCGAGUCCAGAGAGGUUUUUGACCUUCCUGUUGUAAAGCCAUCCUGGGUGAUCCUCUCAGUCCGAUGUGGAGACCUGCUACCUGUUACUGGGUUCUCGCCAGAAUCAGGACAGAUAUUCUUUGGUGUGACAGCUUGUCUGCCUAAGCUUCCAGAUGAUCUCAACGCUUUGUGGGCCUACAUUACCUUUUAUGGGGGAGAAUGUCAGCUUAACCUCAACAAGAAGGUCACCCACUUAGUAGUGAAGGAACCUAAAGGGGCCAAGUUUGAAUGUGCCCUCAAACACCCGGGAAUCAAGAUUGUCACUCCAGACUGGAUAACAGAUUCUGUCAAAGACAAAAGUAGGAAGGAUGAGAUGCUCUAUCACCCCAGACUUACAUACGUGGAGCCAGAUGAAGAGGAAGAGAGUGAAGCAGAGUCAUAUGAACAACACUCCCAGUCAGAUGGAAGCUACAGCCCUCGGCGAUCCCGGCUGUCCAGUGGUGGUUCAUCUGGUGAGGAGUCCAGCCCCCGCAGACGUCCAGGACCCAAAAGACUGAACUCUCUCUCUCCAACGUCUUCACGCAAACCUGAGCGCCGCAGCGAACGGAUGUUCGAUGACUCAGACGAUGACUCCUCCACAGAGAAAGAGGGAACCAACCUCAACUGGACGCCAGCUGAAGUUGUCCCACCCACACCCCCUAUUUCAACAGGUACAGCCAGACGGCGUGGGCCACCUGGCAGCAAAGACCCAGUGUCAACAGGAAGUGGGCUGAUCAACCUGUGCGCCACUGUGCCUCCUGUACCUGGCAGUGGAGGAAGUAUACCAGAGGCUCGCUCUGCUACUGCCUUCAGUCAGUCCACACAACAAGGUGUACCAAUUCCAGAAGGUAUCCCUGGGUGGAGCUUGGCUGCUAGAACCCUCCGCAACAUAACAAACAACUCUGACAUGCAGCCAGCCAAUCGACCUGCCAGCGUAGCACAUAUUAUCCAGAAUCUGACAGCCAAUCAGACGAAGCCAUUGGAACAGCAGACCAAUCAGAGCCAUGCUCAGACCCUAAAUAAUACCAACCCACCUCUAUUCAAUCAGUCCAAACUGGCCAGCCAGCCCCUCACAGCAGAGCAGCAACAGUUACUACAACAAUCACACCAGGCUGCUCAGCAACAACAUCAACAGUUACCACAGCAACCACCGCAUCAAAUGAUGCACCUUCAACAGCAGCAUCAGAUGAUGCAGUUACAACAUCAACAGCAACAGUCACAAGUUGCACAACAACCAGGGUUUCCACAGUUGCCCCAACAGCAGCAGCAGCAGUUUCAGCUGCAACAACAGCAAAUGCACCAACAGCAGAUGUUUUCCCAGCAUCAGCAGCAGCAGCAGCAGCAGCAGCAGCAGCAUGCAUUCUCCCAGCAGCAGCUGCGGCCCCAACAGCUUAUACGGCCUGGUCUACAGCUGCAGCAGCAACAGGCUUUGCAGCAACAGCUCCAGCAGUUUCAGCAGCAGCAACGCAUGCAGAUGCUACAGCAGAAUCAGCAGCAGUUGCAUCCCCAGCACCUGCAGCAGCAGCAACAACAACAACAACAACAGCAGCAGCAGCAGCAGCAGCAGCAGCAGCAUUUCUUGCAACAGCAACACAUGCAGCAGAUGCAGAAGCAGCACUUGCAGAGUCAGCAACAACAGGUUCUACAGCACCAGAACCAGCAGGUCCUGCAGCAGCAGCAGCAGCAGCAGACGACAACAACAGUGCAGCCUCAGUCCCAGCCGCCUCCUCACAUCACCCAGUUGUUUGGACACGAGCCAGGACAAGAAAUUCCCCAAGAUGGCUUCCUGUUGGGUUGUGUGUUUGCUGUUGCUGACUAUCCAGAACAGAUGGCUGACAAACAACUUCUGGCCACAUGGAAGAGGGUCAUUCAGGCAUGUGGAGGGACUGUUGACACCACCCUGACCAGCCGGUGCACCCACCUGCUGUGUGAAAGUCAAGUCAGCAACAUGUAUGUACAGGCACUCAGGGAGGGAAAGCGCUGUGUAACCGCUCACUGGCUCAACACCGUGUUGAAAAGGAAGAGGAUGGUUCCUCCUCAUCGGACGCUACAUCUGCCUUUUGCCUUCCCUCCUGGAGCCAAACCCUGCUCUCAGCAUAUUAUAUCAGUGACUGGUUUUGUGGAUUCUGACCGAGAUGACCUGAAGCUCAUGGCCUACCUGGCUGGUGCCAGAUACACUGGAUAUCUGUGUCGCGGAAACACUGUCCUCAUCUGCAAAGAACCAAGUGGGCUUAAAUAUGAGAAAGCCAAGGAGUGGAAGAUCCCAUGUGUGAAUGCCCAGUGGCUGUGUGAUAUACUACUGGGAAACUUUGAAGCUCUGCGACAGAUUCAGCACAGCAGAUACUCCAUCUACACACACAAUGAGCCACUGUUGCCUAACCCACAACUGGUCCAGAACCUACUGGCCUCGUGGAGAACGCCAAUCAAAGUAUCCCCUGAAGCUUUGGCAAACCUCCAACUGCUCCAAAAGCAGAAGAAUACUGACUCCAACAACCCACCUGCAAACAAGAAGGCCAGACUGGAGGAGAUCCAGUCCCCCAGUAAGAAGCUUCCUCCAGAGUCUACUCCUCGAGUCAUGUUCACAGGCUUUGAGCCAAUGCAAGUGCAACAGUACACAAAGAGGUUAAAUGCAUUAGGUGGUGAAGUUGCAGAUAGCAGUCAGAAGGUCACUCACCUGGUGGCCAAUAAGGUGACUCGCACCGUCAAGUUCCUCACUGCCAUGUCUGUGGUCAAACACAUUGUCAGCCCAGAGUGGCUGGAGGAGAGCUGGAGGAGCCAGAAAUUUGUGGAUGAGCAGAACUACCCUCUGAGGGAUGCUGAGGCAGAAGUGUUGUUUGGCUUCAGUCUGGAGGAGUCACUUAAAAGAGCCCACAGUGCACCACUCUUUAAGGGGAAAUACUUCUACCUCACCCCUGGGAUCUGCCCCAGCCUUAGCACCAUGAAGUCCAUUCUGGAGAGCGCUGGAGGAAAGCUGCUGGCCAAACAACCUUCAUACAGAAAGAUCAUGGAGUACAAACAGAACAAGAACCUUCCGGAGAUCAUCUUAAUUUCCUGUGACAAUGACCUCCACCUAUGUAGAGAAUACUUCUUGAAAAACAUAGAUGUCCACAAUGCUGAAUUCAUCCUGACUGGAGUUCUCACCCAGAAGCUUGAUUAUGACUCGUAUAAAUUCACUUGAUGGUGCAGCAGUGAAGACACUAAGAAGAAGAAGGGGAGGCAGAGAUGAAGACGGCACCUGUGUACAGUCCAGAUACACCGACUUUUCUAUGUUUUUAAUUCUGUUGAUAGAUAUCCAGUCAUUUUGUAGCUUUUUGUUACCUGUUUUAGAUAAAUGGAUGUUAUUUUUGGGGGAAAUUACUGUUUAAAUUAUCAAUUAAUAAAUCUUUUACAUGUUGUUGAAACAGAUUGUGUAAAGGCUUCAGCUUGGACACGUUUUUUGGAAUAAAAACUAUAUUGUUUGUGCAAAAA